AUGGGGCUGGGAUCGCGGCGUGCGAUGGGAAGGGAUGGCGGGUCACGUCACGGUGUCUGCCUAGGUGCUGGCUCGGCGGGUGCUGCAUCCCGGGGAGAGAGGAAGAGCCUCGUGUCGCCCAUCGCAGGGUAAAAAUGAACGUAGGAGUUGCCCACAGCGAGGUAAAUCCCAACACUCGAGUGAUGAACAGCCGUGGAAUGUGGCUGACAUACGCGCUGGGAGUCGGCAUGCUGCACAUUGUCCUGCUCAGCAUUCCCUUCUUUAGUGUCCCUGUCGCCUGGACUUUAACAAAUGUCAUUCACAACCUGGGAAUGUAUGUGUUUUUGCAUGCAGUAAAGGGAACUCCUUUUGAAACACCUGAUCAGGGGAAAGCUAGGCUACUAACACACUGGGAACAACUGGAUUAUGGAGUACAAUUCACAUCUUCAAGGAAGUUCUUCACAAUCUCUCCUAUAAUUCUGUACUUCCUGACGAGUUUCUAUACAAAGUAUGAUCCCACACACUUUAUCCUCAACACAGCCUCUCUCCUGACCGUGCUUAUCCCCAAGCUGCCACAGUUGCAUGGGGUUCGAAUCUUUGGCAUCAAUAAAUACUGAGCAGAAGGUUCAACACUGGCUGCCCCUGACAUGGCUACUGCUGCUCCCCAGGUGAAGGAAACGAGUAGUCUGCUGUGCUGAGUAUCUCAUCAUAGCUGGGGAGAGAUGCUUUUACGUCUGAGAUACAAUUCCUGCUUCCUGCAGCAUUGUCUGGGAUGAAAAUCAACUUUGUAAGAAGAUGCCUUCGAUACUUCAGUGUGGAUUGGAAAUGUGUGGAAGAUUUUCAUGAAGAACUGGGCAGGCCCAGCUCUAAAGCCUAAUCCCCACUAAGACUGUGUGUGGCUGAUGCAAGUGGCUUGUAAGGAAGGUUCAAGUAACAGCUGAAAUGCAGAGCAGAGUUUCACAAAUACCCAUCAUCCAUAAUGCAGGUGGUAACUUUAGAUAUAAAUCCAGAAUCCUCGAUGCCAAGGACUGGUGAGGCCACAUUCUUAGAUUAAGAGAAAUUAGGUAGUUUCUGCUGUAAUGGAUUGUAAGUGGUUGUGCUUGGUUUUGCAUUGUAAAAGUUUGUCCCACAGUAAGUACUGUGACAGCGAGCAUAAAUUGAUGGUAUAAUUCCUGCCCUCUCUGUUCUUGUGAUUUUUUUAAAUCUUUUUUUUAUUUUAGUCACAAUAACUGAACAAAGUCCUUAACUGCCAGCUCAGGGGAGUUCCACAUCAACUCAAGAGCUCCGUUUAUGUACGCUUUUGCAAGUUGCCACUGUUUUGUUUAUUUCACUUUGCUUACCAGGAUACUGACUUUUCCAGUGUAAGUGGGACAUCCUGAAAAAAUUCAAUUUCUUUUUAGGUGUGAAUUUUUGACUGUUUUCUCUGAUAUUCACUGAUGGGUUAUUUUUCAGUAGCUGAGAGGCCUGUGAGGUGGUGGGGAAAGGCUUGCUGCUGUCGUAGAAGGUGCUCUGUUACAGAGUAAGUGUCUGAACACAGAAGCUGUGUAGGUUGUAAGCUAGAAUAGAAACUGAACUAGAAGUAGGUGAGUAGACAAAUUACAUGGACUAACUAUGCUUUUGCAGAAAAAGGUAUAGAUAACUUGCAUGUCUUGGAAAUGUGGAGGAAUGCUGUGUUUUAGGGGUACUGUGUAGUAUGGGGUAAUUUGUAUAUUAUCAGCUCUGGAAAUAGAGUGAAGGAGGUACAUCUACUGCUCUGAGCACUUAUUUCUCUGUCGUGGAAAAAAGGAUGAAUUCUGAAGUCUGCUGUGUGUCUGCCAGCCCAAACCAGCUCAGAUUUAACGGAAGACUCCAUUUAAGACUCGAUUUACAUCUUGGUUGCAGCGGCAGCCAGUGAGCUGGAAAAAAAAAAAUUAAAAAUAUCAAAAGACAAGCCUACAGUGGUGUACUUAUUUUUUUUCUACAGCAAUUUUCUGAUCGAUAAAGAUGCCG